AUGGCGCGAGCUACCAAUGAGAUUUCCUCGACCCUUAACGCUCUGCAAGCCAUUUACAUGAGACAUACAGAUCGCCAAGGAGUCGCGCACCGGCCCUACGGCAACGACCUCGUUAUCUUCGAGCGCCACAUGGGUCGUCUGCUCGUGCUGCGCGGCGUCAUCUCUGAAAACGAUCCAUGUCCGUUCCACGAAGAUCCAUGGAUCAUGUACAACCGCGAAUUCGGCUCUGCUUCAUCUCGAUCCCAAUCUCGAGGCCCCUAUCCCCCAGAAGUCAACGUUCCUCGUGGGAUCCUGCAAUCAUCAAAUCCUGGGAAUUCAAGAGCAAUAUCUCGCGGAAGACAGCCUGAGCAAAACUCUCGUGCUUCCUUGCCUGCGACCCGGCUCCCGAACUCGACUUUGCCCGGGCUUUCCUCAGGUUAUGCUGCGCCUGUCUUCCCCCGUUCCUCUGGAUGCCAUGUAAGAUUUGCGCCUGAUCCUCCUGGGAGAGCGCAUGGCGGCAAUGACUCUGGUCAUUCCGGCCACAUCCCUCGCUGGAUCAAUUAG